AUGGCUUCUACAAUACGCACCUGUCGGCCCCUUUCCGCCGUGACCUCUGUCCUUCGAAGUCAGGAACGCCAAAGCUCCCGACAGCUCUCCACAGCCAUCAGCACCACCACCACCACAAGAACCAUCCGUCCUCCCACCUCCACGCCCAGAACACACCUCCGCCCGACCACCGCAUCCAUCCACAUAACGCCGUCCCGCCGCCGAGGCGACGACAACCUCCCGCCCGCGACCGAUUUCGGCGCGCUGGACGUGCUGGGCAACACGCCGGUGCCGUCGAGCUCGGUCGACAUCUGCAUGUCGGACGGCUUCCACCUGAAUAGCGGCGCGCGGAUCCUCAACGGCGCGGGCGUGCUGCUGAUCGGCGGCGAGGCCUUCACCUGGCGGCCGUGGCUGCCGCGCGGCGGGCACCGCCUGCUGAACGCCAAGGGCCAGUGGGAGGUACCGAACGAGUCGCUCAGUCUGCUGUCCCUGCUGUGGCCGCGACCUGAUCUUCUGAUAUUGGGCCUUGGCCCGGAGAUGCGCCCGAUCAGCCCGGAGUUGAGGCGGUAUAUCAGUAGCCUGGGCAUGCGGGUCGAGGUACUGGAUACGCGCAACGCGGCUGCGCAGUUCAAUCUGCUGGCUACCGAGCGCGGCGUCACCGAUGUCGUGGCCGCGCUGAUACCUAUCGGCUGGAGGGAAGGCGUUGGAGCGAGUUGGUAG